GAACUUCCAUUGAGCUUGUCAAUUGACCUGUUCUUCAAUCUGUGUGUUGAGUAAUCGUUGCUUUCCCCCACGUCCUACCCCACAUUGAGCUAGCCAUGGCAUUGAGCGCACGAUCAGCUUCCAGAGCUCUACGAGCUGCAAAGGCGCGUCCUUUUGUCUCUGUACAAGCAUGCAGCUAUUCAUCCUCUUCGGAGCCUGAUCUCAAGACUACUUUCAAGAGGGUUCUGCCUGCAAAGCGCGAGCUCUUGAAAAAGGUCAAGGCACAGAGCGACAAGAAGCUUGGUGAUGUCAAGGUCGAGAAUGCUCUGGGCGGCAUGAGAGGUCUCAAGGCCAUGGUCUGGGAAGGUUCAGUUCUCGACGCGAACGAGGGUAUCCGAUUCCAUGGCAAGACGAUCAAGGAUUGCCAGAAAGAGCUGCCCAAGGGUACUUCUGGCACCGAGAUGCUUCCCGAGGCCAUGUUCUGGCUUCUUCUCACUGGCGAAGUGCCAUCAGUAUCACAGACUCGCGCACUGUCACGAGAGCUCGCUGAAAAGGCCAGCAUUCCCAAGUUUGUCGAGAAGAUGCUAGAUGACUUCCCCAAGGAUCUCCACCCCAUGACACAAUUCGCAUGCGCUGUCUCAGCAUUGAACUACGAGUCCAAGUUCGCAAAGGCCUACGAGAAGGGCAUCAACAAGGCCGACUACUGGGAGCCUACCUUUGACGACUGCAUCAGCUUGCUCGCGAAACUGCCUACCAUCGCCGCGAAAAUCUACCAGAACGCAUACCGUGGUGGAGGUGCUCUUCCGGCAGAGGUCGACUUGAACCAAGAUUGGGCAUACAACUUUGCUGCCAUGUUGGGCAAGUCAGGCAAGGAGAACGAGGGUUUCCAGGACCUCCUCCGGUUGUACCUGGCUCUGCAUGGUGACCACGAGGGUGGCAAUGUCUCUGCACACGCAACACAUCUGGUCGGCUCAGCGCUCAGCGACCCCUUCUUGAGCUACAGCGCUGGUCUCCAAGGUCUGGCUGGACCCUUGCACGGUUUGGCUGCUCAGGAGGUGCUGCGUUUCAUCCUCGACAUGCAAAAGGUCGUCGGUGAGAAGUUCACCGAAAAGGACGUCAACGAGUUCCUUUGGAGCGUUCUCAAGUCUGGACGUGUGAUUCCGGGAUACGGACACGCCGUGUUGAGGAAGCCCGACCCGCGAUUUGAAGCUCUCAUGGACUUUGCAAACGCGCGACCAGAAAUCGCAGCAGACCCUGUCUAUCAGCUAGUGAAGAAGAACUCUGAAGUUGCACCCGAUGUACUCAAGGAGCACGGCAAGACUAAGAACCCCUUCCCCAACGUCGAUUCGUCUUCGGGCGUCCUCUUCCACCACUACGGCUUCAAGGAGACGCUCUACUACACUGCGACUUUCGGUGUCAGUCGUGGUCUGGGCCCGCUCGCACAACUCAUCUGGGACAGGGCACUGGGUCUGCCUAUCGAGCGACCAAAGUCGAUUAACCUUCAGGGUAUACUGGAUCAGGUUGGCGCGUAAGCAUAGAGGUAGUACCUUUGACCAUAUGACUGUAAUGAAUACCACUGCUUCC